UAUAAAAGCUGGACUAGCUACAUGAGCACCUACAGUUUCAAGUAAGUUUGAAAGCUAAGCAACAGCGCCAUGUCUCCCUACACCGUGCUCGUCCUCUGUCUGCAGCUCUGCCUGAUCCAGUCCGUGUUAAGCCAGAGCCGCGGCUGUUGCGGCUCCGGCUCCGGUUCUUACGGCAUCAGCAGCGGCUCCUACGGCGGCGGCUGCGGCUCGUACGGUGGGCAGGGCUGCGGGCAGGUGGGCGUGAACGGCCCCAUCCAAGCGUGCGGCACCACCUGCGUCGACGGCUGCGUGCCCGUGCUCGGCUCCGUCUGCUUCAGCGGCUGCGCGCCCGCCUGCGGCUCCGUCUCCAUCUGCGGACAGUGCUGCGGAUGCGGAUGCAACUAAACUCUUUACUCGCAACAAUUAGUAUCCCAUUCAUUUGAACCCCUGACUUGGAAUAAAGCAUUCGAUAAUAA